AUGCUGUUUUCUCUCGCCACAAACACGCGAGCGUUUCCGCAUUCAAUAAUUCUUUCGUAUUUCUCUUUUCUUGAAUUUGUUCAAGGUUUCUUUAUUCAGAUUUUUUUUUCUAAACUUUUUAAUUUCAAUUUUAUUCGCUUUCUUUAUAAGUUUAUUUCUUUUUUUCUUCACACCUUCUCAGAUUUACAUACGUAUCCGUUUAUUUCUUAUUUAUUUGUUCAUUUCUUUCUUUCUUUCUUUCUUAUCAAUGUUAUAUUGCUCUUUAUUUUCUUUCUUUUUUAUAUCUUGGAUGUUUUCUCCCUUUCUGUCAUACAUUUUCGUUCAUUCUGUCUUUCUUUCUGUUUUUCUUUUUUAUCAUUUAGAUACUUUUCUUUAUUUUUCUUUCUUUUCUUUUAUAUCUUUGUCAGUUUUUUCCUUUUAGUUUUUCGUCAUCAUUUAUUUUCUUACGUUAAAUCUGUCAUGUCUUUUCGUUCGUGUUUUUUUUUCUUUCCCUAUAUUUAUUCUUUUUCUAUAUUCCUUUUCUUUUCCUUACCUAUAUUUCUUUCUUUCCCUAUAUUUCUUCUCUCUCCUAUCUAUCUUUCCUUCCUUCUUUCUUUCUUUCUUUCUUUCUUUCUUUCUUUCUUAUAG